AGUCUGAACGUUUUCUCUGCCUUUAUGGGUUUAAUUUUGAGUGCAAUUUUAAUUAGUUGGCGUGUCCGUACUUAGUGAUUUUACUCCGUCAAUAUAAUGGCACUAAAUAAAAACGAAGUAGUGACAGUGGACCCAGAGAAGGACUUACAAGCUCUUUUUGACAGUGUUUUAAAUCCAGAUGCCAAAAGAAACGUACAAGUACCAUGGCAUCAACGAAAACUUCCUGAUUCAUUUUUUAAUCCACCAACAACGGGAUCAAAAUCAAUAAACCAUUCUCGUGAUAGUUCAGUAGAUUCUUCUUUUGGAAGUAAUACAUCUUCGACGUCUGUUAGUUCCGCAUGUAUACAACCUGUUCACCAAAGAGCUCACAGCUCUCCAGCAUCUUUUCAAGAAACAUACAGAGAACAACAGCCAUUACAGCAUAUGAAACAGAAGUCAUAUGAUGUAAGUAAGAAAUCAAAAGUUAAGAAUCGUUUACCUUUAGGAUGGGAACAGGGCCGAACUCGAGAUGGGAAGAUUUAUUAUAUCAAUCAUAAUACACGGACAACAACAUGGGACCACCCUAGAAAUUUCCUAGCUGCUCAAGCAUCCACCAAGAAACACCAUAGUGCCGAACAGCUUCUGUCCACGCACCAACAAAUAUCUUCUAAUCAAUUUUAUUUUAAUUCAGUUGCCCAAAAUAAGAACUUGGAGCCGUUACCUGACGGGUGGGAACAGGCACAAACGUCUGAAGGUGAAACCUAUUUCAUCAAUCACAAAACACGUACAACAUCUUGGCUAGAUCCUAGAAUUUCUUUACAACAAUCUACGUCGGACGCGAAUGCAACUGAUUGUAACUACCAGCUAACGUCUUCUCAACAGAGACGGUUGCAAGAGCUUCAAAGAGAACGAGAAAGGCUCAAACAAAGACAUCAAGAGAUUAUAAGACAACAUGAUGAUUCAAUUUCUUCGCUAGAUCCCAGAAUCACCACACCUACACAUUUACAACAACCAAGCUCAGAUGAGAAUGGAAAUGAAUUUAGUUCCCAUCUACCUUCUGCUCAACAAAUAAGAUUGCAGGAGCUUCAUUUAGAACGAGAAAGACUUAGACAAAGACAUGUACAUAUAAAGGAGCAGGAAAACAUGAUGACUGCUUUAGUAAACUCGUUUUUGCCUGAUAUAACAGAUCACCCAGAACAGGAGGAGAGUGAUACUAGAAGAGCUGUGCUUUCAAUGCCUCCAGUUUCCGAAGACCUGCAACCAACUAUGGACGUUAAUAGCGAAUCUGAGAAUAUGGAUCCUUUCGAUAUACCCAUGUUAGUCGAUGACGUAAACACUACAGAUGAUUUGGAGCCUACAUUUCGCCCAAAUGAAGAGUUCCCCAUAACAAAUGGGUUGGAUACAAAAUCAUACUUUUGGUUGUAAGUUGUAAUGUAUAAGAGUAGCUUAAAAUGAUUUAUUGUUCUCUAAAAAUGUUCAUUUACUUAACUAUAGCUUAUAUUUAUGUUAGGGCUAAUGUCAAACACGUAUUUUUCAAUUGCAACAGUAUAGUCCUUAUUUUUUGUUAUUAGUGUUCCCAGGUGCAUGUACUUAAUUACUUUGUUCUUGAUCUGCUGGCCUCUUACCCACACUAGGUGGGAUUCUUUGAGACAAUCUCUACUGUCGUUGCGAACACCAAGUCCGUAUGGUCUUACUCUGGACCCACAUUUACCUUCGAUGAUAUGUGUCAGUUUUCUUACUCUUCUUAUUAUUGUCACCAGUUGAUGCAUAAAUCUGUAUUAAAUUUAGUUUCUCAUAGGUUAUCAUCAAUGUACUUCUUUCGGAUAUCGAAAUGAAGCUCAUUACUGAUUUUGUUAGUUUCUUGGUAAUUAUAAUGGCGACUCCUGAUCUUUGUAUCUAGUAUCACCAUUAUACUUAGCUUUGGAGACCAGAGUCAGUGAAUAGUAGUUUUUUCCUUUUUUGUUAUUGAAUUAUCCAGAGAUUAUCUGUUAUUAUUAUCCAGAUUUAGCUAAACGGCUCACGGCUUAUUAUUAUUGCUUAUUCCCAGUAUAGCUAUCUUCAAUCUGCAUGUAUCUUGUUUUAUAUUUCUCAAGAUCGUAAUUUAAUAUUCUUUACUCUUCAUAUUAUUUUGGACUGCAUAGACUUUUACAUCGAAAACGUUUUCAAAUUUCCAUUUUUAAUUUUGUUUUCGUUUGAAACAAAACAAACUAAUCUGAUCUCAGGAUUAUAAUCAUUUAAUCCUAAAGGCAUCUUUUAAUGUAGUUUUAGUAAUAAAAUGGGUACUGUGAAUACAACUGUCAACAAAGAAUCUCAUUUUACCAGUAUUAGUGUUGUUUAGUAAUUUAUAAUUUUAGAUAAGGAAUAAAAUAAUCAUUCGAUAGCUUUAUGUACCUGUUUACUGCUUGGAAACAAAGGUUUCUUCAAUCAGAUUUGCGACUAUAAAUUUGUACAUAUAUAUACCUAUUAAUUUCUAAUACAUUGUAGGGUAGUAUUUUGCGCUGAAUUUACAUUUAAUCAUUAGUAGCAUUAACCAAAAAAUAUUUAUGAUCAUUUGUGCAGAGUCGCGGACAACAAGGUGCUAUUUUUGACUUGAUUAAACUUAUAAAUAUGAAAUUGUGGGAUACCAAAUGAUAUUGUGUUCUGCAUUUUUUAGUGGAUCCUUCAAGUUUGUAUGACGUUACCUUUCAAUUUUAGAUAAAUAGUAUUUUCAUCAACACCAUUCAGCCUUCUACUGCGUUCAAAGUUGAACAUUUAUAUUUAUGAACUGAGCUAUUUCGAUGCAGUCAACUUUUGGAUUUUCGCUUCGUACCAGAUUCGUCAUUUAUUGUGUCUUUUCAACAUUUUCUUUCAAAUCAACGUCCUUACAGGCGGUAUCCAAGUUAGUAAGUAUAGCUUCAAUCUCUUUUAAAUUAUCUAUUAUCAGAACUGUGUCAUCUACAAAUCCCAGGUCGGGAAGCAUUUCUUCGUCAACAUUCAACUGAUUGGAAUAGACGACAUGUAUUUGAUUUUUAUACAUUUUGUAUCUGUGUAAAAUCAUACGGUCAUGGUUGCUUUACUGUAUGUUUCCAUUCAGUUUGGAGUACCGAUAAUCUAUAAGACUUUCCUCCAACGUUUUCAUUAUGCUGUUAAUUUCUAUGGCAUCGAAUGCUUUGUGAAGAUCUACGAAAGGCAGUACCAAUAGUCGGUUGUAUUCGAUGGAUUUUUCUAUAAUCACCAAGUUUUUUUUUCUAAUCUAAUCUUUUCGCAAAUCUAAUUUUUUAGUCUAUUUCUUAUACUAUCAUUGUUGUGAAUAGCUUGUAGAGGUGGCUUAAAAGGCUUAUAGGUAGGUAAUUUUCGAGGUCUGUUGUGUAAUAAAAUGGUAGGUGCACUGUGCCAUCUAGUAGGUGUUUCACUUUGGUGCAAACGUAAGUUAAACAGUUCCUUUAUACUCUCUAAAAGUUUUUCUCCUCCAAUAUUUGCGGCUUCUUCUUCUUCUUGUAGUGCCUAUCCGUUUCGGAUGUUGGCGACCAUCAUGACAAUCUGUAUUGUGCAAACUGCUGCCCAGAAAAUAUUUGUGGUUGUUGUGUUGAACCACGUCAGCAGAUUUUUCAGCCAGGAAAUCCUUCGCCUUCCUGGUCCACAUUUUUCUUCUACUUUUCCUUAAAGAAUUAAUUGCAGCAACCCAUAUCUUUCGCUGUUCCUCAUGAUGUGAGGGUAUUUUUGCAUUCUUAAUAAAUUUGCGGCUCAUAUAACGAUAGUCUUCUACCGGAGCUUUGUUUUUUUUUUCAUUUUCUUCGGUGCGUUCCUUAUUUCGUCUUUUGAUAUAUCAGGCACCUCUUCCGAUCUUUGGUUGACAAUCUUUUUUAUGAAUUAUCUAUUUUUUUUUUGUUCGGUGCUCAUCAUGGUUUUAUCGGCUUAUAUAUAAUUCUGUAAAGAACUCUUCUACUAACUUUAGCAAUUGUUUUGUGUUGCUGAUCAUAGUUCCAUCCUUUUGUCUUUAUUUUUUGCCGUUUGUUAAUUUCCUCCCUAGAACUUCGAGACUCAUGUUAUCUUCAGUUCGUGGUGUUCUUCGCUCAUAUUACUUUGCAUUUUUCAUGUUCGCUCCUAUCUUCUAUUAAUAUUUGCGUUUGGGUACUUAUUAUUUCGUUAUAUGGUUUCUUUUAAUGUUUAAAGAUUCUAUUAUAAUGUCAUUCAGGGUGUUAACAUUUCGGUCUGUAUUCUUAUUGCUUUCGAGAACAUUGUUGAUGUGUUCUUCAAAUGCAUUUACAUUAUCAAGCUCUGUUUGGGUAGGUCUGGACUUCUUUUUGAUCAUAUGGCAUCUUUCUUUCGCUAGGACUAUUUCUAGGGGGGCUAUUACCAUUUUAUAGUCGCUAUCUGUUGAAAAUUGGUUUAGGACUGUAACAUAUCUAAAGAUUUGCGUCUUGUCAUUGAUUAUAAUAUCGCUCUUAUUCUUAUUUUUUUAUCCGGCCUCUGCCACGUCCAUCUUCAAUGGUCUUUUUUGUAGAUGAAGCUGUUCAUUUGGAAUAGAUUUUUUCCAGCAGGAGACUAAGUAAAGUUUUAACAUGCUAAUUUCUUCAUUAAAAGCACUAGGCAUUCCAAAUGUAUGGUUAUAAUGAUUACAAUCUAUCGUAAAAGCUCCCAAUAGAAUUGUUAGAUCAUUUCUACAGCCAUUUCUGCAUUUCACGACGAACAUGAUCUUUUAUAGCAAUUAGGUUAGUUGGUUUGUUAGCAUAAACGCGGUUUUUUAGGUAACCCCCAGAGAAAAGUUAUAUCAAGUCGGGUAAUCUUGUCGACCACUCAAUCACACCUCUUCAACUAAUCUAUCUCGGAGUGAAAAUUACAUCUAAAUAUUGCCUCAGAUAAUGUGGGGAUGUACCAUUUUGUUGAAAAUAUACGUCCAUGUUUUUAAGCAAACGGUUUACUUCACGUAUAAUUUGAUUUCGGAGAUGGUAUCCAUAAAAAACAAUAGUUUUUUAUCACACCUGCCUAGACAUUAACUUUUUCUAAAUGUUUUUAUCAAUAUAAUCCAUCCAGUAAGGAUUAUUUAUCAAUGAAUACAACAAAAUCGAAGAUAUUAUUUUUUGUCUUAAUUUUCUGUUAUAUUGUCACAAAACUCCGAUAAGGAAAGAUAUUUUUAUAUAAAAUGGAUUGUAUAGACAUUCUGUAAAUCUCAUGACUUCUUGCCAGUUCACUUGUAGACGUUUUAGAAUUCUUCUAAUCGUUUAAGAGGACAUCUAAAGUUUUAUUACCAGUAGUUGCAAUUUGGGCUUUGAACGGCCCUUUAAGCUACCAGAUUCAUCAAAUUUAUUAUUCUCGAUACUAUUACUUAUAGGAGGAGUCGACGGGGUUUAAGUCGUUGAAAACAUGUCUUACUUUGUCAUAUGCACGUUUCCGAUUAUCAUAUCUAACAAAUAUAAAUACCCACUUGAAUUCGUUCUUUUUCUCAUUUUAAUUUUUUUCAUGUCACAUGAACAAAACCUCAACUAUCACCAUAACUUAAGUUAUUAAAAUUAAAACCUUAAAGUUAAACUUAAAGUACUGAUAAUUCAAACAACCGCAUAAAUGUCGAUGUCUGUGCGAUUCUGUUGACAUAUGUUUUAGCCCUGUAACAAGUUAAAUAAACGUGUAAGUUCGCAAGUUCUUAAAAUAUAGCCGAUAAUUAUUAUCGACGGUCUCACAGACCGGCUGUUAGCUACGGAAGGUUAAUUGGAAAUAACACCUUGUUGUCAAACUUUUUAGUAAUUAUAUAUACUUUUAUUCUAUACUCAUAGAUGUUUAAUAUAAAAAUAUAAAUUCUAACAUUACUAUCAAAGUAUUAAUUAUGUAAUUUAAACAAUUAUAUUUUUAUAUGUUUAUUUGAAUAAAAUUAAACAAAUCCAU